GUGAGCGGCUCACUCAGCUCAUUUAAACGGAUUAUUACUGAGCUGCAGAGUGAUAAUAAAACAUGCCUGCUGACGGCUCAGACUCUGCUUCGGCCUCGCUGUCAUUCACAAAUGUCCUGAGCUGAGGGAUGAAGAGCAGAAAGCAGAGGGCGAUCAAAGGUGGAAGCAGCAGGAGGAAAGCCCCUAGCGAUGUGUCCCCCUCCACCAGCCUGCCUCCUCUGGUUGAGGGCCAGCUGAGAUGCUUCCUGCGGGUGACAGUUAGCCGGAUGUUAUGGACCAUUCACAAGCCGCCGUCUGCAACGUUCAUCAGGUUGCGCUGGUGGGGAGAGUCGACCAAUGGGACGCACUUCUUUCCAAGGGAUGCAUCACAGCUGUCACAGAAAACCAUCAAGACCACAGCACGCUUCCCCAUCCGCUGUGGCCCGAAGCAGUUCACCUCAUAUCUUACAGAUAUGGGCUCUUUGGUGCUGGAAGUUCUAACAAAACCCGAUCAUUUGCCAAUUGCUCGGGCUCAGGUUGCUGGAAUCUCUCGUCUGUCUCUGUCGCAACCGAUUAGUGGAUUCUACACGCUUGUUUCUCCAACAUCUGAAAAGCUUGGAGAGUUACAGGUUUCUCUUAAUUUGGAGCCUCUGACUGAAGCCUAUGACAGCAGCAGCUCAGGUCCUGCCACAGACAUCAGCAUCGAAGGACUGCAAGUCCCCAAACUGAGUGUCCCAUCGCAGCAGCACAGAUCGCUCUCAGCUGGAAGCGGCAAAGAAUCAGCUGGGAGCAGCGGUGGAAACACGCCGAGAGGGAAAGACCACUUAUAUUUCCAAAAUGCCCAGAAGGAAAAAGAAGAAACUCUGGAGAAUCAGAUGCCAAGAACAAACAAUUCUCAGAAAAGUCAAACAACCGUGAAUCCUUCAAAUCAGGAAUCUUGUCAUGGACAGACAACAAAUGAUCUCCUUUCAGUUAUCCUAGACCGUGGAAACAAGCUUAGAAAUGCAAUGGUGGUUUCAGCUCUCAAAUGUGACAUGGAUUCUGCUCCGUCCCUGAAAGAUACGCCCCUGCCUCUCCCAAAGGACAACAUCCAGCCACCUGCCAAGUCAUUUCCUUCUACCUCUGGGAUGUUUCUUCAAAAUAUCCUUCGUGCUGAGUCAGCUCUGAAGCAGUCUGAAGAUGUUGCUGUUAUCUCGGACUGUGGUUUGGACAUUUCUGCUGACAUGGACAACAGAGCUGUGGAACUGCUCCUUGGCAGUGCAGUCACAUCACCACUGCCUCUCUGGGAUGGACAAGGCUCCUCUCCUGGAUCCCUGUCUGACCACAGCAGUGUGUGUGAAGAUAGCGAGCUCAACGAUCCGCAGUACGAUCAGAGCUUACUAGAAAAUUUGUUCUACAAAACUCCUAUCUCUGUCACCAAAUCAGAUGACACUGAGGAGGAACCACAAAAGAGAAAAUCCUCAAGUAAAAAUCAACCAAAACAGCUGAAACAGUCUGGACCCAAGAUUAAUGAAGGUCCACGUUCAGAGCAUCAGCAGCCUGCCGAUGCUGCUGGUGUUUUUCCUCACCUGAGUGCGGAGCAGCUCAGUUUUCUGAGUUUAAUCCGCCUGGCGAGAGUGACCAUCGACUCCCUGACUGUACCUGCCGGCAGCUCAACCACAACACCCAGAAAGAGCUCCAAUAAAGGGAAACCUCCUCGACCAGUAAUCAGCAAGAAGUGUACAUAUUUCGUUGAGUACGUGUUCCCGGUGACCUCAUCUUCCAGUCAACAUGAUCGUAGUAGGACAGGAGGAGGAGGGGAGGUGACCAGAGCUGUUUCCAGUAAAGUCACAGGAGGAGCGGUGAGGUUCCACCAGCUCUCUGUGUUUCCUGUCCACCUCAGUCCAGCAGCUGUUAAACAGUGGUGGGAAUCUGAUCUGAUUUUCAAGAUCUACUCCCGAAAGAGUGACCAGAAGAAACCUGUUGCCGUCGGUAAGGCGGUUCACCCUCUGCGCUCUCUGCUGAAGAACAAGCAGCUGAGUCAGUCUGUCGUCUUGCCUGUUCAGAACUUGGACAGGAACUGUGAAGCACACAACAUUGGACCUCUCAAGGUGUCACUAGAACUUGGAGCCAACAGCAAAGGUUUCUCCUCUGAAAAUGUUAAAAGCAAACUGACUUGGAGCGACACGUCAGCUUUCCAAACUGCACACAGUCCAGAAAGAGAGACAAUAUCCAGAUCACAACACGCUGGAAUGGAGGAGUUACCAGCUCGGUCUUUAGAAGACUCCAAGCUGAAUGUUUGGACUCCACAGAAACCCUCCAAAGGACCCUCAUCUCAUCCUGGCCUCCGAACAUCCCCUCCUAAAUCGUGGCAGCAGGUGGAAGAAGACCCUGAGGUGCUGCUGCAUGCCUUACUCAUGGUACCGGAUGGAAAGAACUUCAGCUGUGGGCCAACGCAGGCUCCAAACGUGUACUUGAACUGUAAACAGUUCUGGUGUGACGAGACGGCGAGAUCCGUCGUCAGCUGGGGUCAGACAAACCCCACGUUCAACUUUGUUCAGGUAACACCUGUGGCCUUAACAACUAAACUGUUGGAGCGGAUGAAGAAUAAUAUGAUGGUGAUUGAAGUGUGGCAGAAAACAGGAAGCUCAGGGCAAGAUCGACUCCUCGGUCUUGUAAAAUUACCUCUUCACCAGUUCUACAUGUCAUUUAGGUAAAGUAAAUUGACUCACCUCCUCCUGCAGGCGCAGUACCCCGUUCUGGGGGUGGACUGCUACAUGCCUGUCAUCGACGUGUUCUCUGGUAGCUGCAAAGGAAACCUCAGGGUCGUCUUGGCAAUGGGUCGAUCGGAGCAGAUAGUCUCCCUCCAGCGCACAAGAGAUGAAGAACAUGAUUCUUUGUCACAUCUUGUGAGACCAGUUCAUCUGCUCGAUCACCAGCCACAUUCUCAAACAAAGGUGAAUGCAACACAAAAGGAAUCUAUGAGAGAACAUGUGUUUGCGAUAAGAGUGGAGAGAGUCAGCGGGCUGACUCCUCUGCAGUCCACAGUGUGGGGUGAAGCUGACUGCUACAUCCAGUACAGCUUCCCCUGUCAGGAGGGUGACGUUUCCACGAUUCUGGACCACGACCUCAUAGAGAGCAGCGUGAACCUGAAGCCAUUUCGAACCACAACCACUCUCUGCAUCCCUGAUCCGGUCUUUGGUCACACUGAGACUCAUGUGCUUGUGGCUCCUGAAGGAGUUCCUGUCCAGAGGCUGCUGCUCAGCUCUCUGUCCAGUCGAGGCCUGAGCGGUGGAGGAGGCGUCCAGUUUGAAGUGUGGUGCAGAUAUUACUAUCCCAAUGUCAGAGAUCAGCUUGUGGCCAGAGGGAUGCUUCCUCUGUCCAAACUGUGCGCCAUGGUCACCAUGCAGAGACAACAUCCAGACGAGGCUCAGAUGUUCUCCCUGCCUCUGAUUCCCAGGACGGACGGUCCAACAGGACUGCAGCCUCAACCCUCAGGUUUGCUGGAUGUGUGUAUUCGAUACAAGCACAGACCUGUGAGACCUGAAGGGCAGGCUGGUAGAGGAGCUGCCUCUCGUGUUGUGACGUUGGUGGUUCAAGUGCACAGAGCAUCGGGUCUGAAGACAGCAGCGAGGGUUUUAUCAGAACAAGAUGAAAGGUUUGGUUACUUUGCUGGUGUCGGGGUGAACACUUUUGUCACGGUGCAGCUUUCCUUCCUGCCUGAGAGUGAGAGGAGAUGCACUCGUACAGCAGCCAGAACCUUCUGCCCCGAGUUCGACCACCACAUGGAGGUUUCCUGCGAUCUGCUGCUUCAGAGGAGCAGCGGAGAAACCUGCAGCCUGGCUGAGCAGCUGGAACAGGCUUCUGUUGUUUUUACUGUCUGGAACAGAGACAAUCGCAAAGCUUUGGAUAUUUCCAAACCUAAAGAUGUGAUCUUGGGCACCGUGAAAAUCCCACUGGCUGAUCUCAUCCACAAAAGAACAGGUAUUUCUGGCUGGUUCGGAGUGUAUAUAACUCAGGAAACAAGCUCUUCUCAGCACCAGCACGUCUUGGUCGGAGGCCUGGAGCUCUCCGUCUGCUUCGCUCACCACUCGGACAGAGAAAGAGUCAUUAAAGCUGCUCAGGGUUUGGGCUGGGAAAUGCCCCACAAAGACAGUGCACUGCAGGAUGAUGAAGAGAACUGGGAGGAAAGCUUGAGUAAACUCUCUUUUACUUUAUCGAUGCCCAGAGUGUGGAUACCGGUCCACUGUUUGCUUCUGCCGGGCCACAGUGAGCUCCAGCGCUCCACCUACUGCUACUUCAGGUACAAGUUCUACGACCAGGAAGCCUUCUGCUCUCAGAUGAAACACCCCUGUGUGGUGGAGGGUGGCGAAGAAGACCAGGCCACAGUGAGCUUUGAAGGAAGCAGAAGUGUGGAGCUGAGGAGCACUCAGCCUUUAACGUGGUAUCUACGAGAGGAGCGGCUGGAGGUGCAGGUGUGGGUUGCCUUUAAGAAAGACAAAGCCAGAAGACCCAGCGACACAGACCGACUAGUGGGCUCAGCGUUUGUCGAUCUGUCGUCUCUGGCAAAGACGCCCAAGCAGAAGCUGACUCUCAGCGGAGUUUACCCGCUGUUCAGACGCUCAGCAGCAGAUCUACAAGGAGCAGCUCUCAGAGUUCACAUCACCCUGACGGCAGGUUCUGAUCCCAGGGGGGUUUCUGGCGGAGCCGACACCCAGCUGGACUCUGACAGUCAGGAGGAGCUCUUACUAGAAGAGGCCGAAGCAGCAGAUCGAGUCCCUUCGCCCACCACACCAAGAAAAACGUUUACCAAACACAUGAAUAAAUCUUCCAGAUCCACUCCAGACAUCACGUCUGUGCAGCACAUAGAAACAAGCACAGAUGAAUCCUUCCCUGUGACCGUCGCAGUGGACCGAGCCAUGCACCUCGAUCUGAAAGGCUGUCCUCUAGCAGAGCGCAGUGAAGGAUCACCGUGCUGCUGUGUUUCAUAUGUCACUGCUGACUCUGCUGAACCAGUGUCCACCGCUGUCGUAUCCAACACCGACUGUCCCGUGUGGGACCACCAGCACGAGUGCAGGCUUUUGAAGCAGCUGCUGGUUGAUCCACAACAGUCUCUGGUGUUCAAAGUCUGGCACAAAGGAGAGAUAGAGAGGGUAAUUGGAUUUGCCUCUGUAGACUUGUCCCCUUUACUCUGCGGGUUCCCGUCAGUGUGCGGUUGGUACAACAUCACAGACUUCAGUGGUCAGUGUCACGGCCAGCUCAAAGUGUCCAUCACGCCAUUGAGGGGAGUCCAAGACCUGCGUGAACAGAGAAAAACUGUGACUGAAGAAGCUGCCAAAAGCUCACCGGCUCUGUUCCAGGCUGGUCCUCUCAGCUACCAAACCACAGCCACGUACAGCAGCUUCCCCACUCACAUCAGCAGGUACACCGAGCAGAAGAUCUCGUCCCCCGACCACUCAGACAGGCUGUUCUCUGAAAGAUCCAGUGAGAGUGAUCGCCACUUCGAGCACAUGGACAAAGUGCGUCUUUACCAUCAGAAUCUGCAGGAACAAACAGCGUCUCAGUCUGUUUGCAGCAGCAGUGGCACUGACAUCAAUCCCUCCAGCUCAUUCUUAUUUUCAACUCUCAGGAGAAAGCUCAGUGAGCUCGACAACAUUCAGAAGUACUUCAGUCGUAAGCUUUCAACGCCCACAUUCCCACCUAUGACGGAGCAGGACUACAACACCAGACAUGAGGGGCACAGGGACUCAGAGACCGACACAAGUCAGCUGCUCCUCAAGUCCAACCAGUUAGUUGGAGAAGUCAACAACAUCAUUAGUGGUCUGCGAGGAAACCCCUUGGAAACGAUUCCCUCCAACCCACAGAGCAGCUCAACAACUUCCCCUGUUGGCGACAACAACAUUCAAACUUUCCCUGACAGCGUUUCCAGUCCAAACAGAGUUUCUGAUUGUUCCCUAGAAAUCCUAUCUCCUCAGCCAUCGCCGCUUCCAGAGAUGCCUGAGGACCAAACGGACUCCGAGCCUGAGGAAGAAAAGGACAAACACGAGGUGAACAUGUCCGAGGAUGAAGACGAAGAACAGCAUGUUUGCAGACGGGACGAGGAAGAUGAUGAUGAUGAAGAGGAAGAUGAGGAUUACGAGGAGGUUGUGGUGAAGCCGAGGCCUCUGAACGACGUCACAUCGUUAACAGACAAAACCAGUCCGUGGACCAGCAUCAUGUCGGAGCCUGAUCUGGUUUCUCUGGGAAGUCUGGAGGCACCAGAGGAGCCCAACAUGAGCGAAGAUGAUGAGGAGAAGCAGAUGGUAAAUCUGGAAACUCAUGACUCCAGUCGGAAACAUAACAGUAUCAGAGAAGAGCAAAGUGAACACCAGAGUUUUAACAGAUCAGACGAAGACACUUCAGACGCAGAGAGAGAUGAUGAGCGGACGCUUCAAACUUUAGGUGAGCGACAAACAAAAGAACCCAACAGCCCCGACGAGGGCUCAGGAGACAAAGGUUCAUCAGCACCUGCACAGGACGCCACGGACACCCACAAUGCAUCAUCCUCCCUGGACAAUCACCUCCAAACCUCCGUCCCCGCUGAAGUCCCUAAUUUCUUCCUCCCUUCUCACCAACUGGAGGCGUCGAUGCGAGCCAUACGUUUAGCUCCUUCUUUCUCCCAGACACCCGCCGACCCCGACCGGAGAGCUGCGGUUCACAGCGUUCCUCCUCGCAGAAACCCUCGACAGCGCCCCGACAUGUCGCCUUCGUCCAGGAAGAAGGAGGCAGAGAGGAUAGCAAAGAUAUUCGCCGCUCACUUUGAUGAGACUCAUUAAGAUUCUGCGGUUUUCUAUGACUGACUGCAUUUGAUCUGUUCUGUGGUUUCAGGCCACAAAACCAUCAUGUAAAUGAAAUGUAACAUUUUGUAUUUUUAUAAAUAAAUAUUGACAGUUUUCACCACCA